AUGUCUUCUGAAUUAUUUGUAUUUGAUAACUCAUUUUUCUGCGAGUCAUUUUCCCCAUUAACAGAUUCUCCCAUUUACCCCGAUAACCAUGAAAUUCUUCAAGAAAAUCCCAACAUUUUGAUGCAAGAAAAUAGCCUACUAUUUUAUGAAACCAAUAGUUUAGACCAAAUUUCCCCUACCCUUCUUUCUUCUUCUCCUUCAAGUACUGUUAAUCUUGAGAAUCUUUCACUAUCCCAUUUGGGAAAUGGGGAGUACUCUGUGAAGAUAGAGGAGUGCCCUAUCCCUUUGGUGGACAGUUUCGGAAAUUCAGUUAUGGGCCUUAUGGCACAGAGUUAUGAGGAGGAGUUCAUGCAAAGGAGUUAUGGCAGUAAAUCUUUUGAUGGGAAUCCGAAUUUACCGUUUUACCCUCCUGGAUUUGAUGGCAUGGAGAGUCGAAGUUUGCAAAAACAAGCUUUGACACCAGAAAGUGGCUUUUCUUAUAGUCAAAUCAGAAGGGUUUGCAGCACUGGAGAUUUACAAAAGAUGAAAACAGACAUGCAAACAAGAAAUGUGUUGUCCUCAAGUCCAUUGUCCACAGAGAGGUCAUUCAUGGAGGAACCAAAUUUUAAAGUUGGGAGAUACAGUGCAGAAGAGAGAAAAGAGAGAAUUCAUAGGUACAGGGCAAAGAGGACACAAAGAAACUUCAAUAAGACAAUUAAGUAUGCUUGUCGUAAGAUACUAGCAGAUAAUCGACCAAGGGUACGUGGCAGAUUUACGAGGAAUGACGAUUGUGGAGAGAUUUCUAAAGCAUCAAUGUUUAAUAGAUCAUAUGAAGAUGACGAUGAUCUUUGGCUUGAUGGAUUUCUUGAAGAAGAAGAUGAAGGAAUUAUCGGGGGAGGCUCGUUUCUCGACAAAUUCGAUUCAACAUAG